GAGAAAUGGUGUUAUCAAGUUAAUCUAUGCAGAUUCUCCGUUAGAUUUUAUUUAAGCACGUAGCCAAAUAGUUUGUCGUAGCAUCGCAGGAACCGUGGAAUUGCCAAGGAAACAAUCGUCUAAGACGGCAGAGAGGUUUGGCAACUGGAAACAUUGUAUCUAUAGAAGCUAAAACAUUGUUACAAUGAAUUUUACAUUUACAGAUAAGAAAAAUCAACCAUUUAAUUACGAGGAAAAUUCAAAAGGCACUACAGAUAAAUUCUGAAUACCAACCGCAUCGGUGAAACAACUACCAAUAGCAACGUGGCUGCAAAGAGGAUAUAAUAAGAGAAGCUUUCGAACAUAUGUACGAGUUGCAUGAAAUAUUGUUUGAUAACUCCAUUGAAUAGAUCUCUACUCAGAGUUGGCUAUAUUUUUCACGGUUGCAAAACAACUCUACAAGAAAGUAAGUUAUGGAAGAUAUUUCUCAUCAUGAUAUGGAGAAAGAAGUACCAACUGCCGGUCAUGACACCAUACCGAAGGAAGUGGAAUCCACAAACUGUUCAAUAACAUCAGCUUCUGCGUCCGUGUUGGACGAAGACAAAGAACUCGAGUGCCCAAAAUCCGACCCGGAAGAAUGUGAUACAGAGGAACAAGAGGAGAAACACAAUCAACUAAACGCUUCGCAGCCGCCGGUGGAACUUUCCAAGCGACAGCGGAAAAAGCUGCUCAAGCUGGAAAAUUGGGAAAAGAAAAAAAAGGAAAAACGUCUCAAGGAAAAAGAAAAAAUGCGAGCGAAGCGUAUCGAAGCCGUCCGGCAAGGUCUGCCGGUGCGGAAUGGGCCAAGUCGCAAGGAAUUGAAGCGACGUAAACUUAGCUACGCCGAUGCAACUAUUGAGAUUGCCGUAGACCUUAGCUUCGACCAGAUGAUGAUAGACAAGGAUGUGGCUAAAUGUGUGAAGCAGCUGUUACGCAUCUACACGCUGAAUCGCCGGUCGGAGCGUCCCAUUCCACUGCACUUUGUCGGGAUCGAGAAGGGCGGUGCGGUUGAGCGACAUCUGGCACGCAACGAUGGCUACCAGCACUGGGAUGUGAGGUUCAGCAGUGAACAUUUUAUGCAUCUGUUUAAACCAUCCAACCUGGUCUAUUUGACGAGCGAGUCGGACAAUGUUCUGGACCGGCUCGAGACGGGAUGCGUGUACGUGAUCGGUGGGCUGGUCGAUCAUAACCAGCAUAAGGGCCACUGUUACCAGUUGGCACAGAAGCACGGUAUUCGGCACGCCCGUUUGCCCCUGGCCGAACAUCUAGUUAUCAAGACGCGCACCAUCCUUACGAUUAAUCAGGUGUUCGAGAUAUUGCAUAAUGUGCACAUGGGCAAAGAAUGGCAACCGACGCUGUUGAAAGUGUUGCCGGCACGGAAAGGCGUCACACCGAAACCGUUAGAAGUCGCAAAUGACGAUCAGAGCAUGCGGACGAUAUAAAUUACAAUAUUCAUGUGUCCUGUGCACACUAAUAGGGUAAAUCUUUUACCCUGCAAGUAAAAUUGUAAAUUGUACUUCACGCUUGGUACAUUGAAAAAUGUAAAUAAACUUAAAACGUGGAAAUUAUCUGAACAUCUAACUGAAAUUGAAACCGCCCCCAAUAUCAUCGAGUAAUGUAUGUUACA